UGAGCCGGACUGGGUGAGAUUUGAGGCAGUACUUGUCUGACUGACCCGAGCUGGGCCCCGGGUAGCUGAAGCAAUGGUGCCCGUUCUGGAUGCGCUUUGGGAGGAUCGGGAUGUUAGGUUUGACAUUUCGCCUCAACAAAUGAAAAUGAGACCUGGAGAGGUCCUAAUUGACUGCUUGGACUCCAUCGAAGAUACUAAAGGAAAUAACGGGGAUAAAGGUAGAUUGCUUGUGACCAAUUUGCGAAUUAUCUGGCACUCACUGGCUCUUCCACGUGUGAAUUUAUCUGUUGGCUACAACUCCAUUAUAAACAUUACAACCCGAACUGCCAAUUCGAAACUUAGGGGCCAAACCGAAGCUCUCUUCAUUCUGACAAAAUGUAACAACACACGAUUUGAGUUCAUCUUUACCAGUGUGGUUCCAGGAAGCCCUCGGCUAUUCACCACAGUCAUUGCAGUACAUAGGGCAUAUGAAACAUCAAAAAUUUAUAGAGAUCUUAAAUUAAGAGGAGCUCUCAUUCUAAACAAGCAGUUACGACUUCUGCCACAGGAACAGGUGUAUGAUAAAAUUAAUGGUGUCUGGAAUCUAUCAAGUGAUCAGGGCAAUUUGGGAACCUUUUUCAUCACAAAUGUUCGAAUAGUAUGGCAUGCCAAUAUGAAUGAUAGUUUUAAUGUUAGCAUUCCUUAUUUACAAAUUCGAUCAAUAAAAAUCAGGGACUCAAAAUUUGGGCUUGCACUUGUGAUUGAAAGUUCACAGCAGAGUGGAGGAUAUGUUCUUGGUUUUAAAAUUGAUCCUGUGGAAAAACUUCAAGAAGCAGUAAAGGAGAUAAAUUCCUUGCAUAAAGUUUACUCUGCCUGCCCAAUCUUUGGAGUUCAAUAUGAAAUGGAGGAAAAGCCUCAGCCACUUGAGGACCUGACUGUUGAGCAAGUUCAAGAUGAUGUUGAAAUUGAACCAGAAGAACAGACUGAUGCUUUUGUGGCUUACUUCGCAGAUACUAAUAAGCAACAGGACCGUGAGCCAGUUUAUUCAGAGGAACUGGGGAUUGCAAUUGAAAAAUUGAAAGACGGCUUCACUCUUCAAGGACUUUGGGAAGUGAUGGGUUGAACUUCAAGUUUACUUUUGUGUUGUUUUAAGUUAUCACACAGUGACUAUGAGAUACAACUUCCAGUAAUCAUUGCUGUUGAAAAAUAAAACCAAACAAUUUUUUUCACUAUAUAUAAAGGAUCUAGACGAAGGAACUGAGGGCAUUCUGGCUAAGUUUGCAGAUUAUACAAAGAAAGCUAGAGGGACAGGUAAUACUGAGAAGGCUGCAGAAAGAUUCAGACAGCUUAGGAAAAUAGGCAAAACAGUGGCAGAUGGAGUACAAUAUGAGAAAGUGUAAAGCCAUGCACUUUGGUAGGAAGAUUAGAAGCAUGGACUGUUUUCUAAAGGGGCAGAAAAUGCAGAAGUUUGAAGUGCAAAGAGACUUGGGAGUUCUAGUCCAGGAUUCUCUCAAGGAAAAUGUUGAAUCAGUAAUUAGGAAGGCAAAUGCAGUGUGGCAUUUAUUUUGAGAGGACUUGAAUAUAAAAGUCGGGAUGUAUUUCUGAGGCUUUAAAAGGCUCUCAGACCACAUUUGGAGUACUGUGUGCAGUUUUGGGCCCCAUAUCUCAGGAAAGAUGUACUGGCCCUGGAGUAUGUUCAGAGGAGGUUCGUGAGAAUGGUCCCAGGAAUGAAAAGCUUAACAUAUGAGGAACAUUUGAGGACUCUGGGUCUAUACCCAAUGGAAUUAAGAAGGGUGGGGGGUGGGUGGAGUGGGUAUCUAACUGAAACUUACAGAAUACUGAAUGGCUUUCACAGAGUCGAUGUUGGGAAAAUGUUACCAUUGGUAGGAGAGACUAUGAGUUGAGGGGUCAGCCUCGGAGUGAAAGGAUGACCUUUUAGAUCAGAGUCAUAGCCACAGACAUGUACAGCAUGGAAACAGACCCUUCAGUCCAACCUGUCAUGCUGACCAGAUAUCCCAACCCAAUCUAGUCCAACCUGCCAGCACCAGACCCACAACCGUCCAAACCCUUCCUAUUCAUAUACCCAUUCAAAUGCCUCUUAAAUGUUGUAAUUGUACCAGCCUCCAUCAUAUCCUCUAGCAGCUCAUUCCAUACACGUACCACCCUCUGCAUGAAAAUGUUGCCCCUUAGGUCUCUUUUAUAUCUUUCCCCUCUCACCCUAAACCUAUGCCCUCUAGUUCUGGACUCCCCGAUCCCAGGUCAAAGACUUUGUCUAUUUAUCCUAUCCAUGCCCCUCAUAAUUUUGUAAACGUCUAUAAGGUCACCCUUCAGCCUCCGAUGCUCCAGAGAUAAGAACAAACUUGUUCAGCCAGAGAGUAGUAAAUUCAUUGCCACAGAAAGCUGUGGAGGACAGGUUAUUGAAUGUAUUUAAGCGAUAGGUAAGUUCUUGCUUGUCAAGGGAAUCACGGGUUAUGCGCAGAAAGCAGGAGAAUAGAGUUAAGAAACUUAUCAGCCAUGAUUGAAUGGUGGAGCAGACUUGAUGGGCUGAAUGGCCUAAUUUCUGCUCCUGUGUAUUAUGAUAUUAUGGAGAACUAUCAACACAGCUAUCUCAAGAAGAGAUAUCCCAAGGCAAUCCAAAACCCACCGACAAAGGCCUGUUCUGAGCCAGGGUAAUCAGCGAUGACUGACCACACUCAGCGGACCUGAGAACUGACAACCUCCGAAAACCACCAACGCGACCAAGACCAUAAGGCCUUAGAUAUUUCCUGAGGUGAAAACAGACUCGCAAAACCCAACAAAAAGUAAGAAGACCCUCAAUUAUCUGAACGAGAUUGGCGAGGAGUAUUUUUCUCAGAUAACUGAUUUGUUCACAUAACUGAUCAGGGUUCCUGUAACAGUGGCAAUAGCAGGAAGAGGGUCCUUGUGGCAGUGGCAGUAUCAGGAACAGGGCUCCCGUGGCUGCAGUAAUAGCAGGAACAGGGUUCCCGUGGCUGCGGCAAUAACAGGAAGAGGGUCCCUGUGGCAGCGGCAAUAGCAGGAAGAGGGUCCUUGUGGCUGCGGCAAUAACAGGGACAGGGUCCCUGUGGCUGCGGCAAUAA